AUGAAUGUGGUCACUCUUGUCGAUGAGUCAGAAAGUGGCCCACAAAAAGGUGUCCAGGGGUCUGAAGCAACAAGUGACUGGGUCAUCAAGGCCAAAUUCACUUUAUCUUUAAUAAGGGUUUGCACUUUGCAUGCAGUGAUGGAACCUGAACUUCUGAGCUUCCACAAAACCCUCACGAAUGCAGAUGUGAAACGGAACUUUGAACUGUCGAACAAGGCACUUUAUCUACCGGCCAGCAAUGGAGUCCUGAUCGUCCGGGACGUGGACGGAAUACCAUAUCGAUUUAGAGCCCCAAAAAGGAGGAGUGGGAGGCGUUCUUUGACCCAGGAUUGGAAGGCUUUUGCAGUUGCCAAAGAGCUUAAAGUCGUUCAGAAAAUAAGAAUGUAUCGCCUAGGUCAUGGGAAUGAAUAUGUCAUGGAAGUGCGUGUCCAACUGUUUGGAAAGGUUAUAGGUUGGCCACGACUUUAG